UCAGAUUACCGCGCAUGCGCACAAAUCCAUCGGCUGCUAACAAGCUCGCGCCGAGGCAAUACAACCUUCAGUCAGUAUCAAUCGUUGAGCAAUGGAGCUACCGGUUCUGGGCGAUCGGAUAUUUCAAGCGGAUAACAUACAAAAGAAACGUUACCGAAAGGGUCGCGUUGAAUAUCUUGUCAAAUGGAAAGGCUACACGUUGAAGCACAGCACCUGGGAGCCUAAAGACAACAUACUCGACCCGUUGUUGAUUGCGGAGUUCGAAGACAAGCGUCAACACUGGUAUGGGAGAAAACGACAGAAGCUGCAGCAGAAGAGGCGACAAAGCCAGAUGUCUGCCGGAAGUCCCCAGACAAGCGACACGGUAGCAGACGACAGUGACCUCGACGAACAGGAUGAGACACAAUCGCUGUACGGCGAUAACAACACUCAUCCAAAUCCAGAACAACAAGAUUCUAUGAACAACAACUUUUGGAGGCCAUUCUUUGGAGGCAAUGAUGACAUUGAAAGUCCCAUGUCGGAAGACUCAAGCACUGAGAAAGAGUCGGACAAGGACAGUGAUUAUGACCCAGAGAAUGAUAUGGAGUCGAGUAAACAUGUAUCAGGAUGUACCGACCGCGACCUCUACUCCGUUGCGGAAAGCGAGGAGGUAAGAGGUCGAUCCUCGCCGUGUAGCGACCGAGCGUUCUGGAGCAUGCCCUUCGAUAAGAAGGUAAACACGGACCUGAAUCUGUUACCCCUCACACGUGGAGCCGCGUGCAAAGAAGGGGAGCUAACUGCGUGCGAGGCAUUGAUCCGACUUGGCGAAUGCAGGGACCAUCUCAACAACGUUAUCGAGCCAAUGAAAACCGAGUAUCCAGCUAAACAGGAGAGUAACGAUCGAUACUCCCAAGGCUUUUGUGAAAGGGACUCUGAUUCCGCGGCAGUGAAAAGUCGGUCCAAGAUGUAUUAUCCCCCUAAUGGAGAGCCCCCGCUAAAAGUGCUUGUUACUGAUGUCACCUGUAAUUUCAUAAAAGUAACGUUUGUGGAAAGUAACACUGAAAAGGGAUUCUUCAGAAAUUCGGUGGAUACGAACUAAUUGUGCAUAUUUCUCCAUCACCUCAUAGCAGUGAGUCAGUAUAUUCUACAUUUCACAGUUUUGAGUCAUCCCCGUCUGCCCGUGUGCAAUCGACCCGCACGUGGAUGUACCAUCGCUGUGUUCUGUGAGGGUCUUAACCUGUGGGACAGAAUCUCCAAAAAAAAUGGAAUUUGUAUUUUCGAAUGGAUAUUUGUGAUACCUAUUUACAGAUUCUCUUGUUCGAAAUGGAUUGUAUAUUUUGUGAGACUGGAAACUUUUUCCGAAAGUGCGUCCGUCAAAAGUGUAAAGUAUCUUCAAAUAUUAAGAUACAGAGGUUUUUAGUGGAUACAGAGCAAUGUGCAUAAUAAAUCAGAAUUUUCUGUGGAAGUAUUGAUGAUUGACCAAAGACCAAACUUUAAUAACUUUUGUCGUUUUCACGGGAUAUAUUGUACAUAUCAGAUCCAUGUGCUUGGAGAUUUUAUAACAAACUGGAAAUUUCGAUUCUAGAAAAUAUAUUUGUGUAUGUAAUUCGUGCCAUACGCUCCGCUGUGACCAGUUAUGUACAGUUUCGUUUGGUGUACUUAACACAAAUGUUUGAAAUAGACAAUAGUAGAAAUAUACCCACCCAUCGACAUCCUCAAUCUGUGGACCAUUUUCUGACUUGACAUCUGCACUAACAAGUUCAUGCCUUGUGUGUGUAGCUAUGGACCAUGUGCUCGUGAUGCACGUGCAUGACACAUGUCAAUUGCUUUUCAAGAUGACAAUCUCAUCAGUCAAUGUAACAAAAACAUCAGCACUUUUUUCCAUCUGCACAAAACACACAUUGGUGUAAGCUGGUGUAAUGUGAUAGUGUAUAUAAAAUCUCUCUUCAAAAUCAUAA